UUUCAGCGCUGAAGAACUCGCGCUGCGUGACUAGCGGUAAAUUUGAGCGCCAUUUCGAUCACAGAGUUCUGCCAACUAACUGGGAAUUCGUCGUGUCUGUGUGUGUGUAAGUGCGCUCCUGCUGCAUCCGUGUGGGUGUUCUGAUUGCUUUAAGCCCGACAAAAGCACAAUAACCAAUAGUCGCUAAAAAAGUGGCCACAAAAUGUGAAAAAAAUCUCAAAUGUAAACAAAAGCUGAAAGCGAAUAAAAAAGUGCGCAAAUGUGAUUUAAAAUUAUAAUUUAAAUGCCCAUUAAGUCAUAUAAUCGUGCGGCACUUUAAAUAUCAAUUGAUUAAACGAGCUUAUGCUUUUACAAUGGAAUAUGAAUUCAAAUGGUUUCUAAAAAAAUAUCAAAAUAAAAACAAAUAAUAAGAAGUGACAAACUGAUUACAUUUUAUUUAUUUUUAAUCGUGUGGCUAAUAACUUGGUAGAGUUUUAAUUUAUUAAUCAAACAUAAUUUAAUGAAAAGCUUAACGAAUACAGCUUUUUAAAUUAAACAAAAGUAGAUUACGUUAGAUAAUCUCAUUUGUAAAAGUAUGCCCACGCAAAUUAAACUCGUAUUAAAUUAUUUAUUAUGUAUACUCAAACUCUUCGUGUAAUUAAUAACAAAGUGCUUAAAAACCAAUCAGAUAAUUAACUUUAAGAGUGAUUUUUAACGAGUGUGCAGCCGUGACAGUUUUUGCAACCAAACGGCGCCACACGCAAUUUUAAGUGCAACUUGUCCCUGACCACGCCCCCAAAUUAAGAGAGUAAUGCAUGCGGCUGUCAGUUGAAAGGAUAUAAAAAGGAAGAGUCCGGCCACAAAAGAGGAUCAAGAGUCAAGAGGAAGCUGCCCAGUGAAAGCCCGGCUAUUAAGGGGGAAGUAAGGAGGCGAAGCAUCCAAGGAGCAAUCCGCCGAGGACCUCAAUGGUUUCUAUGGUGCUGCGUCGUCAUUAAAUGUGGCACGAGUGCAGCGGAAUCAUUACGCAACGUCCACGUAUCGUGAUUAAAGUGUGGAAAAUGUCGGAAAUUGUGGACACCGAGCUGCUGGUCAACUGCACCAUCCUCGCCGUUCGCCGGUUCGAGCUGAAUAGCAUUGUGAACACCACGCUCCUGGGCACUCUCAACCGAACCGAGGUGGUCAGCCUCCUGUCGAGCAUCAUCGAAAACCGGGAUAAUCUGCAGAGCAUCAACGAGGCCAAAGACUUUCUAACCGAGUGCCUGUUUCCAUCGCCGACCAGACCGUACGAGUUGCCAUGGGAGCAGAAAACGAUUUGGGCCAUCAUUUUCGGACUGAUGAUGUUUGUGGCGAUUGCCGGCAAUGGCAUUGUUCUCUGGAUUGUAACAGGACAUCGCAGCAUGCGGACGGUCACAAAUUACUUCCUGCUGAAUUUGAGCAUUGCCGACCUGCUGAUGUCCUCGCUGAACUGCGUCUUCAAUUUUAUUUUCAUGCUCAAUUCGGAUUGGCCAUUCGGAUCGAUUUAUUGCACAAUCAACAAUUUCGUGGCCAACGUCACGGUCUCCACAUCGGUUUUUACGCUCGUGGCCAUCAGCUUCGAUAGAUACAUCGCCAUUGUGCAUCCGCUGAAGCGCCGAACGUCGCGUCGGAAGGUUCGCAUCAUCCUGGUCCUGAUCUGGGUACUCAGCUGUGUGUUGUCGGCGCCCUGUCUCCUCUACUCGAGCAUCAUGACCAAGCACUAUUACAAUGGAAAAUCGCGGACUGUGUGCUUUAUGAUGUGGCCAGAUGGAAGAUACCCCACUUCAAUGGCUGAUUAUGCGUACAACCUUAUCAUCCUGGUGCUAACCUAUGGCAUUCCCAUGAUUGUAAUGCUCAUCUGCUACUCGUUGAUGGGUCGCGUCCUUUGGGGCAGUCGAUCGAUUGGGGAGAACACGGACCGCCAGAUGGAGUCGAUGAAGUCGAAACGGAAGGUGGUGCGAAUGUUCAUCGCCAUCGUGUCCAUCUUCGCCAUUUGCUGGCUGCCGUAUCACCUGUUCUUCAUCUACGCCUAUCACAACAACCAGGUGGCAUCCACGAAGUAUGUGCAGCACAUGUAUCUCGGUUUCUAUUGGCUGGCCAUGUCCAAUGCCAUGGUCAAUCCGCUCAUCUACUACUGGAUGAAUAAGAGGUUUCGGAUGUAUUUCCAGCGCAUCAUCUGCUGCUGCUGCGUGGGCCUCACCCGCCACAGAUUCGACUCGCCGAAGAGCCGGCUGACGAACAAGAACAGCUCGCACCGGCACACACGAGCGGAGACCAAGAGUCAGUGGAAGCGCAGCACGAUGGAGACCCAGAUCCAGCAGGCGCCGCUCACCAGUUCCGGUCGGGAUCAGCGGAACGCACAGACGCAGUCGCUGGGCGGAGCGGGAUCCAAUCGGACCGCCGUCGAGUGCAUCAUGGAGCGGCCGGCGGACGGAACAUCAUCGCCGCUCUGCCUCUCGAUCAACAAUAGUGUGGGCGAGCGGCAGCGCGUGAAAAUCAAGUACAUCUCCUGUGACGAGGACAAUAAUCCCGUGGAGCACAGUCCCAAGCAGCUGUGAUGCUACCCCGACCUGUCCUCCUCCUCCUUCGCCGGUCCCUCGUCAAAUGGACUGUGAGUCCCUCCAUUGGCUUUGGCUUUGGGAACGAUUCGCUGCGGAGGAAAUGCAAUUUGCCAUUGCUUGCUCUGCUCUGCUCUGUACAUACACCCACGCCCACGAAAAGAGGACACACAAGAUGCACAUCAGGGUGGGUCGAUCGUAGGAGAAAAAUAAUUGGAUAUUAAGGAAUUCAUUUAGAUACUUUAAUUAAAUAUUGAUACUAUAAAAUAAUUGUUACAAAUGUGAUUAAUUGCUUUUGUAAAAUAUUUUGAUCUUAACUUAACCUAUUUAAGUCAAAAAAAUAAAUUUAAGUGUGUUCAUAAUUAUUCGUUAUCUGCAAUAAGGAGAUAUUAAAUUUGAUUUUAUAAUUAUUUAUUUUUUUUUAUUUUCUAUUAUCAAAUUAGGCAAAUCGACCCACCCUAACGCAAAUAUAAAGUCGAAUUUCCGGUUGUCUAAAGAAAAUACUUCAGCAUGAAGAAAAAACUUACCAAUAAAUUGAGUUUGUAUAUGUAUUUGUAUAAAAGAAUCCUUAGCCAUCGAAGAGCUGUAAGUUUUAACUGUUGUAAACAUCUAGGCUAAGCCGAGUUUGUAAAUACAUUCUGUGUAUAUCUGACAAAUAUAUAUAUACUAUAUAUAUCUGCGUAUAUGUUCGUGCUAUUCGUUCGAGUGAAUCAAUUAAGUGAGACAUCGAAUUUGUCGCUCUCAGCUGUUUAAAGCUCACUUUAUUAAUAGAACAAUUCAUGUUAUUGGUUUUGGUUAUUGCCAUCUGUAAAUAUAUGUGAAA